AUGGCUUGCGCUCUGUGUGUUGCUACCAAUAGUGGUGCUUGGUUGAGCACAGCUGUUCUAGUAACCAACAGGAGAAACUCUCCUCUUAGUAGAGGCACUGUUGCUGGUAUUCUAAAAGGCUACGGUGGAAUCAGUGCUGCAGUAUUUACUGAAAUUUAUAGUACUCUGCUCCGCAAUUCCUCCUCUAAGCUUCUGAUGUUUCUUGCACUUGGAAUUCCUAUUCUAUGUUUCAUAGUCAUGUAUUUUGUAAGAGCUUGUACUCCUGCUUCAGGAGCUCUUAUUGUACUUGGGUUAUAUGUUCUAACAACCACAAUGUUGGAUCACAUAUUUCAUUUCAGUGCUCUGAUAUCUAAUACCUUUCUUGUAAUAAUGGUUGCCCUACUCAUGGCUCCGUUUGCAAUACCAGGGAUGCAUCACACGAGAGUCAGUAAACCAGGGAUGCAUCACCAGCCAAUUGAGUCCUCAGACUGCAUGAUACUAGAAGACAAUGCAGACAAAACCAAACCGGAAAACGAUGAGGCAUCUGAGGUGGCUAUGCUUCUAGCUGAGGGUGAAGGGGCUAUGAAGAAGAAGAGAAGGCCCAAAAGAGGGGAGGAUUUCUGGCUUCUUUUCUUUGUAUACUUUGUGGGUGUUGGAUCUAGGGUCAAAAGCAAUUCCUCAGACAAUAUGGAUGACAUGCACUCAAUUCCUUGCUGCCUCAAACUUCAAACCACUAAGCUGCUCAAGGUGGAGUAUGAUAAGUUGAGGCCAUGGGAAGUCAUUCUCCUGAAGCUAGAAGUAUACAAUACAAUCCAUUAUUUUCUGUUUCUUUGA